GCGAUGGCUGGGCCCGGGGCGUGGGGCCGGAUCCACUUACUGCUCCUCAGCGUCAGCUCCUGACCCCAGGGCAAGCAGAGCAGCUGCUGCCGAGCAGAGCGAAACUGAGGACUCUAGUGGGCAGAGGUAGCUUGGCUGUGUCUUGAAAUCCUGGAUGUUGGCAGAAGGGUCCUUGAUAUCAGCCCAGGUGAUGAACACACAAACCAUUCAAGUGCCUGAGAACAAAGCAAUUGAAAUACCCUGUGCUGCGUACGCAUCGCAAAGCGGAACAGCCAGGGUCGAGUGGAAGUUUGAAAAGGGCUCUUCAAUAGCCCUGGUCUAUUAUGAUGCGAAAGUCACAGACCCCUACAAAGAUCGUGUUCAAUACACACCCACGGGGAUUCGUUUCACUUCGGUGACUCGGAAGGACACGGGGAAGUACGUCUGCGAGGUCCUCUGGACUGGGAGCGGGGGCACUAGCCAACUAAGAAAGUCAGAAGUUGACCUCAUCGUCCAAGUGCCACCCUCCAAGCCCAUUGCCAAGGUGCCCACCUCGGUGACAAUCGGGAACAAAGCUGUGCUGACGUGCACGGAAACAGAUGGCUCUCCACCCCCUACCUUCCAAUGGUACAGGGACAACAUCCUGAUGCCGUCCAAUCCCAAGAUCAGUGAGAAAUUCAGGAACUCCUCCUACACAAUCGAUACCAAGACAGGAGUGCUGACGAUUGAGCCCGUAACCAGCUUCGACACGGGGGAUUAUUUUUGCGAGGCUCAGAACAACGUUGGGACUGCUCAGAAAUCUGAAGCCAUCCACUUGGAAGCCACUGAAGUCAAUGUGGGCGGUAUUGUGGCAGCUGUGGUCGUGCUGCUUAUCGUGCUGGCACUGGUUGCCUUCGGCAUCUGGUUCGCCUACCGUCGUGGCUUUUUCAGCAAGAGAAGAGAGUAAGUGGAACUUUGUACUCUGUUCAAGUUUGUGCCUUGUUUUCUGUCCGUCCUCCAAGCCUCUUCCACCCCUCUUGUGCUCCUGGCCUGCGGAGGUCCUUCGAGCGUUGUGGAGUGGGUAGAGUCUUCCCUUGGGGCACCAGGACUAGCCAGACUCUGCCAUCUCCUCUGUAGCAGUUUAAAUGCAGCCUGCGGGUAGAGUGCAAGGUGCCAGCGCCUUCGCCAAGCUCUUCCCCGCACCCCACUGUGCCCCAGCGUAGCUGCUGUGUGACACAUUGCUGGGGCCCCCGCCAGGUGGGGUCUCUGGGUCAGGAACAGAGGGGAGACUUUAACCUUUCCUCUUGGACUAGGGCACAUGUUUCUGCUGUCCCCACCAUGGGUCACCCCUCCCUCUAAGGCCCACACUGUUCUAGCUCUAUUCCAGCAGCAUCUUCCAGCCGAAGACAAGGACUAAGCUUCCAUCAGUGCAGUCUUCCCCACCCGAAAGGGUCCGCAGUGACAUCUGGGUGGAGCACUGUCUUCCCCUGUUCCCCAGAUGGCAGUGCUGUCUUGUGUCCCCACCUCUCGCUGGCCUGGUGAGCAAAAGGCUGCAGAAGAGUCUGAGCAGGGCAGUAUGCUGCCUCUAGGCCAGGCCAUGCAUAGUCUCCUUCCUCUUAUCCAAAAGAAGUCAACAUCACAGGAGCGAAUAGCACCUGCAUGAGCUUGCAAAUUCCCCCCUCCACAGCUCUGCUCAUGUACCUGGUCCACAGCCCCCCACUUAGACUCAUAGACUUUAAGGUCAGAAGGGACCAUUAUGAUCAUCUAGUCUGACCUCCUGCACAGUGCAGGCGCCAGAAUCUCACCCAUCCACUCCUGGAACAAACCCCUAACCUGUGUCUGAGCUAUUGAAGUCCUCAAAUCGUGGUUUGAAGACCUCGAGGUGCAGAGAAUCUUCCAGCAAGUGACCCAUGCCCCAUGCUGCAGAGGAAGGCGAAAAACCUCCAGGGCCUCUGCCAAUCUGCCCUGGAGGAAACUUCCUUCCGGACCCCAAAUAUGGCAAUGCCCCAGCUCCUCCUCGGUCUUCUGUCUCACAAGGGUGUCGAGAGGCACUCAGAUAUUACACAACAGGGGACAAAAGCCCACAGAUAGAUGGGUGACCUGCAUUCUAGCUGAUUUCUAACCCCAUUCCUUAGACAAAAGAUCACCUUUCCUUCCUAAUAAGCAAAGCACUCAGACAGAAAAAGCAUUUACAAACAAUGUUUGGACUCCUCUUCCAGCUCUGCCAGUACCCCCCUGUCCUGACCCUCCUCAGCCCUCACUUCUGUGCCAUGUGGCCUAAUUAUACCAAGUUACAAGCUAGUUCUAACACGGGGACUGAGGAGAUCCCAAAAUCUACUUGGCACCCAAAGCAGGCUGGGUAUCGGGACUAGGCCCCUUAGCUGCUCUCCCAAUCUCGUCCUUGCGGCGUGUUGGGUAUCGGAUGAGGAAAUAGGGAUGGAAGGAAGAGGCCAGUCUGUAAAGCAUCUCUCCUACCAGAGCUGGGGGAGGGUUGCCUUGCCUGAUGGGGGUUGGGAAAGAAGGGGCAAAUCAGGCACCUUCCGUCUAUCUUUUGGUGUGAAGUUUGAUGUAGCCUGGUGGUUAACCUCAGCUGCCUGCUAACUUGCUUCCCCAACAUUGCUGGCUGUCUGGCUGACACUGGUGGGGUACAGUGGCACAGCUGGUGCUUGGGGUGUGGUCCGAGGAGCGACCUGCCCUUGUGAAGUGUCUUAGUUUAAUUCUUUCUCAUUUUA